GGAAGGACAAAUGCUAGAUAAGAAUUAAUGGUUAUUACUUUGCUGUCUACGCAUGUGCUGUAUAGAGCACACAGGCUAAAGGUCCUUUAAACCAGGAAGGGAUGGAUAUAGUGUAAUCUGCUGUUUUCAGUGAAAUAUACGGCUCCUCACCAUUAAAAGAAAUUCGAUCGAAAUCUGUAAAAGAUGAAUGCCUACAGGUAACAAGUUGUGUACACGACCCGGUCUUUAGCAGUGUAUCUGCUCUACAACACAGUGACAUGAUUGUGCAUAAGGUAGUUGCACAUCGGAAGUAUGGCCUAGAUCUUUAACACAUCAUAUUGUCUCCUUUGAAAUACUUGUCAAGAAUCUUCAGGACACCAAUAUGGAUCGGCUGGAUGUACUAGAUGAAAACGAAGCAUUGCAACAGUUCUUUGAAGGGCAAGAUGUACACAGAGCCUUGGAUAAUCCUAUGGUGGACAUAAGCAUGCUGGAGGAGUACAUCAGUAAUGACUUUGCUUUUGGAGUACUAUUACCGGAUUCACCUCCUGAUUCUGGAUCAGAGCCAUGUUCACCACCACAAAUUGGUUUAAUGCAUACUUCUCACUUUCCAAAUGGGUUUCAACCUACCCUUUCGAUACAGUCCUCUGGAUCCUGCCGGUACGUGGAGCGCUCUCCGAACCCUGCAUCAGCAGUCCAUUCUCUGAGUCCUUCAAAGGAGAGCUGCACGAAAGUGAAUAACCAAGGGAGUUCAUGGCAUGGCUCCCCUAACAAAUCUUGCAUGGAUUAUAACUAUCCAUAUGUUGAACAGAGACUAUCCCCAGACAACAGGAGUUCAUGUUCCUCAUCAAAGAAAAGGAAACAUUCUCACUUGGAAGAAGGAGAGAACUGGCAGCAGACAUGGAGCAUUGAGACAAGACAAACUCCACCUGCAGACUGUAUUAUGGAUGUUCAGGACUAUGAAAGUGAUGGGCAAGCUGUAUCUCCCAUGGACAAGUGUUAUCAGUCAUUAACAUGGAAGCCUUACCAGACACCGCAAUGGGCAACCCUGUACAAGAGCCUAACUGACACAAUUCCUGCUGUGGGGUACAGAGUAAUCACUGACAAAGGAUUCAACUUCUCAGUAGUAGAUGAUACCUAUGUAUGCCAGAAGAAGAACCAUUUCCAGGUCACAGUUCAUAUCAGAGUGCUUGGACAUCCAAAAUACAUCAAAACUCAGCUGGGCUUCAGUCCAAUUGAAAGCUUUUAUUUGAAAGUGUUUGGUGUCAAGGCUGAAGCUAUGAACCAGAAAAUUACUAUUGAGCAGUCUCAAUCGGAUCGCAGCAAGAGGCCUUUCAAUCUUGUUACGGUAAAUUUACCCCCAGAUCAGGUCACUAAAGUAACGCUGGGAAGGUUACAUUUUAGUGAAACUACAGCAAACAACAUGAGAAAGAAAGGGAAACCAAACCCGGAGCAGAGGUAUUUCAUGUUGGUGGUUGGUCUGUAUGCUGUAAGCAAUGAAGACUCCUUCUUGGUGGUUGCCCAUGUCUCUGAAAGGAUCAUUGUAAGGGCAUCGAACCCUGGGCAGUUUGAGAAUGAUAAUGAUGUUCUGUGGCAACGAGGGCAUGUCCCAGAGACGGUGGUGUCUCAUGGUCGAGUAGGAAUUAACACUGACACACCUGAUGAAGCAUUGGUUGUUUGUGGCAAUGUGAAAGUGAUGGGGACAGUUAUGCAUCCAUCUGACAGUCGAGCAAAGAGGAACAUCCAGGAGGUUGAUACAGUGGAACAGCUCAGAAGAAUAGCUUGCAUGAGGCUGGUGGAGUAUGACUAUAAACCUGAAUUUGCAACAGCUUUGGGAAUAGAUUCGCUUCAUGAAACAGGUAUAAUUGCUCAAGAAAUUAGGAAUGUUUUACCACAUGCUGUUAAAGAAACUGGCAACAUCAAAUGUGAAAAUGGAGAAACAAUUGAAAACUUCUUGAUGGUAGAUAAGGACCAGAUUUUUAUGGAAAAUGUAGGAGCAGUAAAACAGCUCUGCAAACUCACAAAUAACCUUGAAAUGAGAAUUGAGGAACUUGAAAUAUGGAACCAGAAGCUUGCCAAACUAAAACGUAUUAGCAGCCUAAGACAAACUGCCAGUGAGAGGCCUUCUUCAAGGGUAGAGAAUACUAAAAGAUACAGCAAAGUUAGUCACGUACCACUGCAAAAGAGACCAUUAACUGUAAAAGUAAAAAAGAUUCCCACAACACAACAACAAUGCUCCAGAAGAAUAUUCCAGGCUACAGUAAUUGCACUGAUCUCUGUCAUGAUACUUUGUGCCAUGACCAUUUCUACAUUGUAUAUAUUAUAUGUGCAAGAAGACGCCACCGGAAAAGAACCACUAUUACAGAAUAACUUCACAAGUGCUGCAAGCUCUUUGAUACCACCAGUUUACACAACCAUGAUGGCUUCAAGGCAAACAUCUACGACAACGUCUAUGCCUGUUGGUGCAACGGAAAUCAAUUUUUGUGACCUCCUACCAUGUAACCAAGAGUACUGCUGUUCCAUUCAACCAUCCAGACUGAGAGAUAUCAACUAUGAGGCAGUACGAACUGUAGAAAAAAAGCUUGCCACACCUACUUCAAAACAUUCUGUUCAUCCAGCCAAUGUAAAGAAGGCCACUGGGACAGGAAAUAACAGUAAAGGUUUACCAGAAAUGAGGCGGAUUGAUAAACCUGGUUUCUCAAGUGACUGGAUUGAUACAACGAUCAACUCUAUACAGGUUGUAGAGAAUCAGCAAGUAAUUGAUCAUCACUACUGCAAAAAAAACCUGCAGUGUGGGUCUGGAGUUUAUAGUUACAUCAUUCCAGUGAGCAAGUAUACUCCAACCAAUAUGCGCAUAACUUUAGAAAUGAAUACUACAGAACCACUGAUCAUCUACCAAUGUAAGGUGAUCCUGGGAAAUAUCUGUAACAGACGUAUUCAUGUAAGGAAAAAAAGAGAUGAUUCUCCAGAGGCAACUCAGGGUCUUCAGCAUCACUGGAUCCUCCCUGUAGCCUAUCUGUUUGACAGUGAAUACCAUUUUCGUGUAGCCACCCCGGAUCUUGCAAAUUGUUCAACGGAUCCAAACUUUGCUGGAAUCCUGUACACAGACUAUAAUUUUUACUUUUAUCGAGAUUGCAACUAGAACUCCAUAAUGAUAUGUUUUUUUUAAUGCUAAACAAUUACAUUAAAUAAUAAUUGUGUUGCCCUGGCUUGCACAACCUGCAGUAUGUUUGCAUCACAGCUACUGUAUGCCAUUUUUACUUUGUUACAUUAUUUUUUUUUAAACUGAUUAAUGUAAUAAGAAGCAAAUAGAGAGUUGAUGUGUAAAUAGUAAAGGGGCCCAUGUUUUCUGUUAUCUAGUUUAGAGAUUCCCCAAUUCCACAUCGUUUCUUAUGAAGAAAGAUUGUAUUUUUUGAGUUUUGAGUCUCUGGGGGCUCUUUUUCACUUGCUUCGACUUCAACACACACAUUAAAAUGCAUACUGCUUCAACAUGAUUUUUUUAUGUGUUUUCGAUGCUUCUGCGGUGCUUCAGUGGUACUUUUUUAAAGCUUUAAUGAAUCUUGGCAGAUGCCCUGUGUGUGAAGUACAAUAGCCUACAUAGAAGUCUAGGAGCUCACUUGCAGCACCUAAAGCUUUUGGGAGGCUUUUAUUCAGUUUUAGCUUUGCUUUUUAUUCAAGUAUGAGAUAUCAACACACACUGUCAUCUGCCAAGCUUUAUUAAAGCUUCAAAAAAAGUAUCACUGAUGCAUCAUUGAAGCACCAGGAGGCAUCAUCAAAGCACCACCUAAGCAUCCAAAAAACAUUUUUAAGCGGUAGGCACUUUAAUGUGUGUUGAAGUUGAAGCAAGUGUAAAAGAUCCCUUGCUUAAGAAUAAACACUGUGUGCGGUAGUGUAGACUAUUGUAUUUGGCACUCAAGGUGACAAGCCAUGUUACGCCUAAUGUAUCCUGCAUGUUUCAGUCCAAAACCCAGAUAAGGUCUUACAAAUAUACAUUUCUAUAUUGCUUUAUUUUCUAAGCACAAACGUGAGAAUAUAAUACGUUGCUUGCCAGCCCAUAUAAUUUGAUUCCAAAUACAAGUGUGCCAUUCAUUUACUGAUCAAAUGGGAAAUUCGAAGUUGGUGAUUUUCUUCCAAGCUUCAAUUGUGUUUCUAAAAGCUGAACUCCAGGUAAAUAGAAAAUACAAAAAUGAAUGCAUUUUUUUUGUAUUCAUUAUUACAUUAUUAAAUACAUUUUUAAAUGAAAACUGGAUUUGACCUGGUGUCAUCCUCUUGCAGUUCACCGUAUAGUGAAGCAAAAAGCAAGGAGCUGUCAAGUUUUGCUACAACACUCAUGUGCAUCAAAAGACAUGCUAAUAGGAGGAGAGAGCAAUGUGACAGAGAGAUGAGUUCAUCAAUCAGAGGCUUGGGGAGGGAGAAGGCCUGUAUGUGUAACUUUACUACAGGAAUGUAGAAAGGAAAAUCUGAUUUUGUGCCCUUCAGUGCUGUGCUGUGUGGCAAAGCUGUGCAAAUAGAUUGGACAAAAAUACACAUCCUUUGGCAGGUAAACUUUUCAAUGUGUUUUUUCUGUGCAUUUAUUUAGUUGUUUGGCUGGAGUUCAGCUUUAAAACCUGUUCUUUUGUUUUAUAUAUUAUUUCCUCUUUUUAUACUUACAGUAAUAACCCUUACUCACCUAUGAUUCAAGGGUGAACUUGACAGACAAAAGUCCUCCUAAUGUAUGAAAUGCGAAAAUUAUAAAUAUUUAAUAUUU